AUGCGCUCCGCUCCGCUCUUAGCGUGCAACGCUCCCUCAAGCUCGACCUCUCUCAGUGAUACUCCGCGCCUCUGCGAGAUAGCUAGCCAGCGUGGUUGCGCUCUACAUCACCAGUCUACGCAAUGGCUUUCUCUUGUAUACCCUUCGAAGCUUCUGCACGCUGGACUGACGGAAUUGAAUGAGAUCUUCGAUAUCGAAAGCACAGUGGGCAUCUGUCUCAACGACGAGACAAAGGGCCGGACAGCAUUGUCCCCUUGGCAGAAGGAGGUGAAGCGCAUUGCCUCGGAGCAGCUGAAAGUGGACGAUGUGCCAGGAGCAGUGUCCUCGCCAGUAGUACAAGCGACUCUGUGUGCGCCUCGUUGGACUCUGAACGAAGCGGGCGUUGUCACAGGCUUGCUGCUAAAUUGCCUGAUGUGGUGUACGAUCCUGAGCUUUGCAGCACGACAAGGCUUCGAUGAGGUCUCGCCCUACCUGUUCUUCCCUCUAUGCCUGCCUCUGCUGCUGUGCCUUGUAGCGCUCGGUACGGUCGGUUCAGCGAUUCAUCAGCGUCACCUCAUACUUGUAUCGCAGCUCUACCGAGCGCACAUCCUGCUCCAGGCCGCUGUCCUUGUCACUGUAUGCUUUCUCUGGAAAGCCACGUCCAUCUACCAUGUGGCAGGCGCAGACCCAUCCAUGGACACCAUCAAGCCUGGCUCUUACCGUCAUCUCUUCGUUUAUCUUCUCGCUACCAUGGCUCAAGCAGCUCUGCCUUCCAUCGCCUUUCUUGCAGCUCAGUGGUCUCUUGCGAUGGCCCUCACGUCCGUCGGUAGGACUGCCGCCGGCACAAGCAAUGCGCCUGCACAUGGCAAAGGGAUACUGCCAAUCUCUUCGCGAUCUCGAGCAAACAGCGCUUCGGUGGCCCUCAGGAGCCUAGUCCAGGACCUACUUGCGUGGGACAAUGCUCCGUCUUAUCUAGCUCUUUCUCAUCCACUACCGACUGAGCAGCUGCUCUCGGCUGAUUCUCUCGCUCCUUCGUCGCAUACAUUCAGCCGUCUAUGCUCAGAUGUGGAAGGAUGGGGACCUAUCAGCUCGCAACGGGAUCUGGACUUCACGCCAUGCUUUCAGCAGGUAGCGUUCUGGAUCGUGCCCCCAGUACUCUUGGCCCUCGCAGCUGCUGUGCAGUUGUCAAGCCUUGAGAAGAGGCCGGAACGCCUUCUGACACCCUUGUCCAGAAGUCUGCUCAAUCUCAAGCAUGCAGUCACUGCAUUGGCCAUCCUUGCAACAGUGCCUUUGCUUGUCUCUCCCUUCGUUUCGAAGACACCCCUCUCCAUCGCUUUCUAUGCCAACAUAGCCACGCUGGGCGCCUACAUUCUUUCACUUCGGCUACAGCACCUCAAUCAUACUCAUUCAAGGCGCUCUUCAACGCCUCUCCUCUUCUAUCAACUCGGUCAUACCCUUUUUACCGUCGCCUGGGUCAGGACUUACAUGAGCAAGAUGUCCAUCUCCAAGGAAGGAGAUUUGGGUGUCUUCCUCUUCACUGUCUUCGUUCUGAGGGGUCUGUUCAUUUUGGUAGUCUUCGGAUUAGAAUGCGCAGGAGUAGAGAUCGGAAGUCACAAGCCUUCGUCUCAGAUCAACCCGGUCUCUCAUCAGGCCCGAGAGAAUGGCGCAGCCAUAAACGGCAAUGGUCCUAGCGCAGUUGGUGAUGAUGAGGAGGGCCUCAAAGGCCGUGCAUCAGGUCUGGCGGGUGACGAGAAGGAGUGUCCGGUCAACACGGCGAACAUCUGGUCUAUCUUGAGCUUCUGGUGGAUGACACCGAUGAUGAAUUUGGGAGCCAAAAAAUUUAUCACUGAGGGUGAUCUUUGGUCAUUGCCUCCGGGUGAAGAUGCUGAGAAUCUUGGAAACAGAUUCGACAAGUACUUCAAGGAAAAGCGAAGCGCAGACGGCAAGCCCCCUUUCUGGACUGCGGUGGUGUACGCCUACGGAGGCCCUUUCAUCUUUGCCGGCGUCCUCAAAGCUGCCCAGGAUGUCUUGUCGUUCUUGCAACCCCAACUACUUCGGCGAUUCUUGCAAUUUGUUCAGACUUGGGACAAUGCUCGAAGAACUCAAGACAGCCAAGCCCUGGGGAUGAACAGUCAACCAGAGCCAGCCACUCAUGGCUACUUCAUCGUCUUCGGUCUCUUCUUUGUCUCAGCUGUGCAGACAGCUUUUCUGCAUCAAUACUUCCAGCUGUCCUUCAACACCGGUAUGCGGAUCAGAGCUGGUCUGGUCUCAGCGGUCUACAAGAAGAGUCUGCGUCUUGCCCCAGAUGAGCGUGGUGCUCGGACGACCGGCGAAAUUGUCAACCUCAUGAGCGUCGACGUGACCCGUCUGCAAGAUAUCUGUGGUUACGGUCACAUCAUCUGGUCCUCCUUCUUUCAGAUGACCCUCGCCUUCGUUUCACUUUACUUCCUGCUCGGUUGGAGUGCCUUCGCCGGAGUCGGCGUCAUGAUUGUAAGCAUCCCUCUCAACACGAAAUUGGCACAGUACACACGGAGAAUUUCUGAGGCCAACAUGAAGGUCAAAGAUCGCAGGAUCAAGAUGAUGAGUGAGAUUCUUGUCAACAUCAAAUCCAUCAAGCUCUUUGCUUGGGAGGAGGCCUUCACUCGAAAGCUACUCAGCCUUCGUAAUGGCGAGGAGAUCGGCUUGCUCAAAAAGGCCGGCGCUGUCAACGCCUCCUUCAACUUCUUCUUCACUGCCAUCCCCUUUCUGGUUUCUCUAGUCUCCUUCAUCACCUAUUCGGCAACGUCGAGCAAACCCUUGACCAGUGACAUCAUCUUCCCUGCUCUGACGCUGUAUCAGAUGCUUUCCUUCCCGCUCAACAUGCUCGCCUCGAUUGUGGCUGCUUGGAUUCAAGCCCUCGUGAGCGCACGUAGGUUGGCGAGCUUCUUGGAUGCCGGAGAGCUGGACCCGAACAACAGAACCUUGGAGCUCGAGGAGCCCGUCGACGGUGAAAACGUUCCUGCCCCUACGGAUAGGGGCAGACUCCCUCUGCUGGAGAUUCGGGACGGUGACUUCAAAUGGUCGAGGGAACAGCCCACUCCGACGCUCCAAGAUAUAGAUCUGACGGUAGAGAAGGGCGAGCUUCUUGCGGUCCUGGGCAAGGUUGGAGAUGGCAAAUCUUCACUGCUCAGCGCCGUCCUCGGCGAGAUGUAUCGCACCGAUGGCAAGGUCAUCGUCCGUGGACGCACAGCCUACUUCAGCCAAGGCGGUUGGGCUAUGGGAGAGACCAUUCAGAAGAACAUCCUGUUCGGUUUGCGCUAUGAAGAAGAGUUCUACCGUCGAGUCCUCACUGCUUGCGCACUAGAUGCAGACCUUGCCAUCCUCCCGGACGGUGAUCAGACCGAAAUUGGGGAAAAGGGCGUCUCGCUCUCCGGUGGUCAAAGGGCUCGGGUCGCCUUGGCAAGGGCAGUAUACUCGCGAGCUGAUAUUUAUCUGUUAGAUGACCCUUUGGCGGCUGUGGAUGCUCAUGUCGGAGCGCACAUCUUUGAGCAGGUCAUUGGUCCAAAUGGAAUGCUGAAAUCGAAGGCUCGAAUCUUGACCACCAACAUGGUAUCUUUCCUUCCCCAAUGCGAUCAAAUCGUCUCCCUACGGCGAGGUGCCCUCAUGGAGGAAAGAGGUAGCUACGACCAGGUCAUGGCUCAGCGAGGCGAGCUUCACGCUCUCAUUACGGGUCUGGGCAAGCAAGCCGACCGAAGUCAAUCGGAAGACGAUGAGGAACGAGGAGACGACAGCGAGUCUAAGACACUUCGAGACAGCAACAGUGAUGCCAGUGGAGAAGGCGAGGACAGCAAGGCCAAACUGACCCGUCGCUUCUCAUCGGCUAGUAUGCAUCGGCCAGUCAACUUGUCACCCCACGCCAUCAGGAAAGAAGCGAAGCGGCAACUGCAAGCUGCUAUCUCGCAGCCAAAGGAGAUCAACAAUCAGGGCAGCGUGUCGUGGUCCGUCUACAUGCAAUACGCCAAGAGCGCCUCGGCUUCGGGCUGGAGCUUGGCCAUUUUCUUCCUGGCUCAGGUUGCCACGCAGUUCCUGCAAGUAGGUCGCGACCUGGUUCUCAAGCAGUGGGGUACCUUCAACGAUCAGCACAAUGGAGGCACCGACUCCGACGCCAGAUUCUACCUGAGCAUGUACGCCCUCGCAGGUAUUGGAGGCAGUGUCAUGGUGACCGUUGCACCCUACAUUCUGUAUUGUCACCUCACUGUCGCUAGCGCCAAGCACUUCCACGACGGCAUGUUCAGAUCGGUCCUGAGGAGUCCCCUACAAUGGUUCGAAGUCACUCCUGUUGGUGUCAGUCUCAAUCGUUUCUCGAAGGACAUCAACGCCAUCGACGAGACUUUGCCGCGGGUGCUACAGGGUUUCUUCCGGACCAUGAUCGUUGUCGUUGGUGUCCUGGUGGUCAUCAGCGUCUCCGUACCGCCGUUCCUUAUCGCUAUCGUGCCGCUCUGGUUCGCCUACCGGGCCAUCUUGAGAUACUAUCUCCUGACGUCUCGUGAGCUGAAGAGACUUGAUGCGGUCAGCAAGUCGCCCAUCUUCUCCUGGUUCCAAGAGUCCCUCGGAGGCCUGGCCACUAUUCGAGCGUUCGGACAAGACGAGCGCUUCGUUGUCACGAACGAGGCUCGCGUGGACCGCAAUCAGCAGGCUUACCUGCCCAGUGUCACCUGCAAUCGAUGGCUCGCAGUACGCAUCGAGUUUCUGGGAUCUGCCAUUAUUCUGAUCGCCUCGACCCUGGCUACGCUCCUCAUCACGCGAGACAUCUACGUCAUUGAUGCAGGCUUGGUGGGUCUGAUGAUGAGUCAAGCGCUAUCGACAACUCAGGCCCUCAACUGGGUGGUCCGCUCUGCUAGUGAGGUAGAGCAGAACAUCGUGUCCGUCGAACGUGCGAUCCAGUACUGUGAUUUGGCUUCCGAAGCCCCUUACACGUCCUCGGAGGAGGAUGCUCCUCCGACCCACUGGCCAUCAGAGGGCGCUAUUGAAUUCAAGAACUACUCGACUCGCUAUAAGCCCAGUCUACCCCUGGUGCUCAAGAAGCUCAACAUGUCCAUCAAGCCAGGAGAGCGCAUCGGAGUCGUGGGCAGGACAGGUGCCGGCAAGUCCUCCUUGACACUUGCUCUCUUCCGCAUCAUCGAAGCAGCAGAGGGGUCCAUCUACAUUGACGGAGUCAACACGAGCAAUAUCGGUCUGAAGGACUUGAGGAGCAACAUCGCCAUUAUUCCGCAGGACGCCUGCUUGUGGUCAGGCACCCUCCGCGAGAACCUAGACCCGACCUUGCAGAGCAGCGAUGCUGCGCUUUGGCAAGCCUUGGAGCAGGCAAAGCUCAAGGACCACGUGCAAUCCAUGAGCGGUGGACUCGAGGCAGAGCUCUCCGAGGGCGCCUCGAAUUUCUCGGCUGGACAGAGACAACUGAUCUGCAUCGCCCGUGCGCUGCUCAGGAGGGCUAAGAUUCUAGUCCUUGAUGAGGCCACGAGCGCCAUCGACCUUGAGACGGACGAGUACAUCCAGCGCAUUGUCCGAGAACAAUUCCACGGCACCACCGUCACCGUGGCUCAUCGUCUGGCUACCAUUCUGGAAUCGGACCGUGUCCUUGUCAUGAAGGAUGGAGAGGUGGCCGAAUUUGCACCACCGGCAGAAUUGCUGGCCAAGAAGGACAGCAUCUUCUAUUCGAUGGCUCUCGAGGCAGGUCAGGUCAGGGACUGA